AUGCCACGUUCAAGAAAUGGGUGCACAACAUGCAAACGACGCCAUCGCAAGUGCGACGAGACUAAACCGGCAUGUCUCCAGUGCCAGAAUCACAACCUCGAAUGCGACGGAUACGCUAUAAAAUUGCAGUGGGAUGUUGGGGUCGCCUCUAGAGGUCGGCUUACUGGGUCUUCACUUCCUGUGUUGCUGGACGGGGGUAUUCAGUCAGAGUCCAAGGAGCAGGAAAUUGAGACAGAUAAUUUUGCAACAUCUUUUAGGCAGCUUCAAACCACUCAAUUGGUAGCUGCGACAGAGGAAUCCGUUGACUAUCUAUCAGAUUACCAAAAUUCGCCACUUGAUAUGGAAUCUUAUUCCGUCAACAACACAGAGUCCGAUUGGUUUCAGUUGAAGAGUCUGGAAGAACAAGAACUACUCGAGCGGUCUACAUAUUUGUACAUCUCAAGUCCCCGGAAUCCGCCACCGUUGUUCCACGAAUUGUGCGAUCAGAGUUUGCGUCUUUUCCGGGAACAGUUGAGUGGGUACAACGGGACUCUGGACUCGGGAUUAAUCAACGCGGGAACAUUUUUAUGUACGCUGCAUGUGGGUCGUGACACGCCCACGCUUAGUAUCUGGGGUUAUCUCAGGGCAGGACAAGCAGCCACACCAGAAGGUUUGGUUGGUGGAGUGGAGAGCAUUUCUGGUAUACCUCGCAGUUUACUCGAUAUAAUCGCUCGUAUCGGAAUUCCGACAGCGGAGGAGGAAUUUGCCGCGUGGCCAGGGCACGAAGGUUCUGUUCCGCACUGUCACCUUUGGGAAGCCUUUCGUCUAGCUGGCAUCCUACUGAGUCGUCGCCAAAAUCACAUCAGCAAUUCAUCGCCGACGAACGAAGUACUUGUUUGUCGCCUGGUAGCAACACUAGAUGCCCUGUACGAAACUCGUCAUCGGGAAGAAUACCGUCACAUCCUGGCCACCAACAGUAUUUUGUAUCCUUACACAGCAGCUCGUCUUGAAGUAUCGAUACUCCGACAAAGACCAUCUUGGCUAAAAGCACUGCGCAAAUAUGCCGAACUCUGCGAUGCAUACCGCGACACGCCAAAUGCGCUAAUUCUCGAAGAAAUCCUGGAUAAUGCGAUGGACAGAGGGGAUAAUGAUGUUGAUCUCGAUAAACAAGCUCAACAACGCGGCGUUGAACUCUCCCUGUUUUGA